AUGGCGACGGAAAUGGCGACUGAAUUUAUUCCCCUCAGCCUCCCCUUAACCCUAGCAUUCCCAAUUUACCAUUUCCCCGUCUCUCAUUCUCCCAAUCCCUCCCAGCCGACCCAGCCGACCCAGCCCUCCUCUCCACGACGGCACGACGCCGGCCUCACUCCUCGCCGUCUACCUCACUCCGGCCUUGCUCGUCGCUGCUGCGUCCUCACUCCGUCUGGGCACUGGUCGUCUCGACUCAUCGCUGUCUGUCUGGUCGUUUGGUCGUCCACUCGUCUGCAUCUCAGUCGGCCUCACUCCAGUCGCUCGUUGCCUCGCCGUCCUCACUCCCUCCGGCAGUCCGGCCACACUCCGUCUAGUCGCUGGUCGUCUGCAGCUCUGCAUCUCUGCCUCUGGUCGUCUUCCAAGGAAAUAUACUCAGUUAAAAUUCCAGGAGAUCCAAAGCUAGGGGAAGAAAAGCCAGAAAACCGAAACCAUGCCUUAAUAUUUACCCGUGGGGAAGCUAUUCAAACAAUUAACAUGAAUCAGAUUGGCCUACUGAUAUCUCUUGCUUGAGAGUUGUGGAUAGCAUUUCAGUGCUUGAUGCCUGUACUAAGCGAUUUAAAACGUGUAGCUGGGGAUUUGUCAUUUGUGUAAAAUUUUAAUUUCAUUGGUUAUUUUUUAGUUUUAGAGUUAGUUAAGAACUGUAAUUUUUUUUUAAUAUAAUUGUAAAAGAGUUACAGUGUAAAAAAAGAAAUAUUGUUGUUGUUGUUU